ACAUACAUGAAAAAUUUAAAUAAUAUUGAUAACACAUUAUAUUUAUAUAGCGCCUCUUGUUUGUUUUCUGGCUAUUUUCUUUUAAUUAUUAUUUUUAACCCAGUGCCUAAUUUUAUUAUAUCUGUGCUAAGCAUAUCCAUUAUGAUUUUAUUUGACAAAAACAAGAAUCUGAAAAGGCUCACCCUGCCAAAGUCUCCACUGAGAAGCCCGACAAUGCGAGACUCACAUCUGCUAGUAGAUGAAUAGAUGACGUCUCUUUGGAGAAGCGAGCCAAUGUCUCUCAACACUGUGAUGUUCUGCCUUUGUUUAGGUCACCAGUGGUCAGUUGAUGACACCCCGCCAUGCUCCGCCACCUGUGGCAAUAAAGGCAUUCGGUCUGCCAGGCUCAGAUGCCUCUUUAAUGGCACCGAAGUUGACAGAGUGAUGUGCCACCAUGUGCCCCAACCAUCUGUGGAGCCACUUGCCUGCAACGUGAGGGACUGUCCUCCCAGGUGGCUCCUAAUGCCUUGGUCGCCAUGCUCUCGGACCUGUGGAGGUGGGGUGCAGAGUCGGAGGGUCACUUGCCACCAAGUGACAGCAGACGGGUUGUCCGUGACCCUUCCUGCUGAAAACUGUACAUCUCUGGGGAAGCGGCCCACCGACCUACAACCUUGUAACAGGAUGUCGUGUGCAGAAUGGACCAUGUCUGCUUGGGGCCAGUGCAAUGGACAAUGCGUUGGGCUGAGACAGUCAACACAACACCGACAGCUCUUCUGCCAGAUGAAGACUGGCAUCCCGGUACCAGCCAGUCACUGCAGUGGCCUGCCCAGACCUCCCAUCAGCCGGAACUGCACCACCGACGCCUGCAACCUGCAAUGGAGGGUGGGCUCCUGGACGCCGUGCACCGCCACCUGUGGGACCUCUGGCUUCCAAACCAGGCGAGUCGAGUGCAUUCACCUCCGCAGCGGGAAGGCAGGGAGAGAGCAGCUGUGCUCCUGGAAGCCGAGACCCGCAAACUGGCAGCACUGCAACACCGGGCACUGCGAGAGCGCUGAAUGCCGCGACACCACCAUCUACUGUGAGAAGGUCCAGCAGCUGAAACUCUGCCAGCUCCCUCAGUUUGGCGUCCGCUGCUGCGAGUCCUGCAAGGCCACCUGAAGGAGGACACCGGACAUCUUUCAGAGACGGGAGAAGGACGACGAUGACGACGAUGAUCGAUUCAAGGACUGCAGGAGAGGUGGGGCGUUGUAGGCGGUUGGUGUGUUGUUGGGUAGCAGAAGCCUCCACCACCACCCUCCUCGACUUCUGCUAGUGAGGGGAACAUCACUGGGGACAUGAAAUGGACACAAAAAAGAAAAGAAGUGGAGGAGGAAGAGGAGAAGGAGGACUUGUAUGUAGACAGAGUGGCGUCGAUGCAAGUGGAAUGGACAGUCGUGGCCGAGCAGCAGCAGUCUGAGGAGGUCACAAGGGCUUCUCCGUCAGCUGCUCUCCUACUCACGAUGCACUUGUGGAAAUCUGAGGGAUGUCCCGUGGCGGGAGAGGCAGCUUCCCAUAGGCCUUGUAACGCAGUAUUAGUCAAACGAUGGCCAUCCAUGGUGGGCCUGGUCUCGUCCCCUCCAGCAUUACCUUCUUGAUAGCACUUGUUUUUCCCAAAUCCCAGUUAGAGCAGAUGAGUAAAAUUCCCGUUUUUAUUUCUCGUAACUUUUAGUGGGUGGCACUUUGGCCAAUAAGGUGGACUGCGAUCGAGUGCAGGCCUGGCUGUGGUCUCUGCAGUGUCUGCCCACCUGCCCGCUCCUCAUCGUCUCCAUGGGGUUCUCUUUCCUCAAAGAUGGCCGCUAAUCAUUAAUGAACCAUCAAUAGUACACCGUGUGUGUGUGUGUGUGUGUGUGUGUGCACCACAGAACUGCACAAGACGCAGUCACAGACGUCCCGGAAAGUGUAAAGAAGAAGACCACAGCAACCCCUGAAGUCGUGUAUGUAACGUGAAGUCGACGGGCAACACCAUCCUGACUAAAAAAAAAAACACACACCGCUUCAUCUCGGUGGACUAACAUCACACAGUCGACGUAACUUGGACUUGUCACCUCCUCUGAGCCCUUCUGCCUGUUGGGUGGGGUGGUCUUCUUCAAAGCCCUCUAGACCGGCUACUAAUACAGUCAGGCCCGUAAGUAUCUGGACCAGUGACACCAUCUUGGCUCUGUGUGCCACCACAAUGGAUUUGAAAGGAAGAAAUCAGGACGCGACUGAAGUGUAGUGUAGAAGUCAGAGGGUUUAACAAAAACAUCGUCUGAGACGUUUAGGAGUGACGGCCAUUUUAAUAUAUGGCCCCCCCAUUGUCAGGGACUCAAAAGUAUUUGGACCAACUAACCUAAUCUAUUCUAUAUAUAAAAUCCAACA